AACAAAAACUAUUCAACACAAACUAGUUGGUGAAUAUGAUUUUACCACGUCAAGAUUAUUUCCCUAUAAAUUGUACCAAUUUGCUCCUUAAUAGCAUUAUCAAAUUCCCCAACAAUAAUAUAACUGAACUUGUUCUUUCCAAUUUAAUAUUUCUUCUAAUAAAAUACAUAGCAACUUAGUAGCAAGCACCCACACUAGCACAAAACAUAAGUACGUCUUAGUUUGUUAAUUAGCCAUGGAAAGAACCAACUCGCUUCUACAAGCUCCCACUUACGGUAACUUAAUCACUGUUCUCAGCAUCGACGGAGGUGGUGUCCGGGGGCUUAUUCCGGGAACCAUUCUUGCCUUCUUAGAAGAUGAGCUACAGAAAUUGGAUGGUGAAGAUGCAAGACUAGCAGAUUACUUCGACGUGAUGGCGGGAACAAGCACGGGAGGUCUGGUGACUGCCAUGCUUGCAGCACCUAAUGAAAACAACCGCCCUUUGUUUGCUGCCAAAGACAUCAAGGAAUUCUACUUGCAACACUGCCCUGGAAUUUUCCCUCAAGAUAAGUCGUCUAUGUUUGGUCAUGCAAGGGAUAUAGUGAAGUCGUUAGAGGGACCCAAAUAUGAUGGAAAAUAUCUACAUGAAAUAGCCAAAGAAAAGUUGGGAAAUACCAAGCUACAUCAAACAUUCACUAAUAUUACCUCCGUUUCACGAUACAUGUCGUCUAUGUUUGGUCAUACAAGGAAUAUAGUGAAGUCGCUAGAAGGACCAAAAUACGAUGGAAAAUAUCUGCAUGAAAUAGCCAAAGAAAAGUUGGGAAAUAUAAAGCUACAUCAAACAUUAACUAAUAUUGUUGUGCCAACAUUUGACAUCAAACAUAUGCAACCGGUCGUCUUCUCUAGCUAUGAGAUAAAAAGGACACCAAGUGUGGAUGUGUUACUCUCGGAUAUAUGCAUUGGAACUUCGGCUGCACCAACUUAUCUACCAGCCCAUCAUUUCAAUUACGAAGGACCUAACGGAGAAGUGCGUGAAUUCAACCUUAUUGAUGGUGGUGUAGCUGCCAACAAUCCGGCAUUGGCAGCAAUAAACGAAGUAUCGAACGAGAUAUACAGUGGGAGCCCAGAUUUCUUUCCAAUAAAACCAUCAGAUUAUCAUCGAUAUCUAGUGUUAUCUUUAGGAACAGGAACAGCCAAACGCGAAGAGAAGUACAGCGCAGAAAUGGCAGCAAAAUGGGGUAUUUUAGGUUGGUUAUCAUGCGGUGGUUCUAGCCCUUUGAUUGAUGUGUUCACACAUGCCAGUAGUGAUAUGGUCGACUUUCAUCUUUCUACUGUCUUCAAAGCCCUUCAUUGUGAGAAUAAUUAUAUCAGGAUCCAGGAUGAUACGUUAACUGGGAACUUAUCAUCUGUUGAUAUUUCAACGGAGGAAAACUUGAGAAAUCUUGUUACAGUCGGAGAGGAGUUGCUAAAGAAGCCCGUUUCAAAAGUCAAUUUGUCCACAGGCGUAUGCGAGCCUAUUAGUCAACAUUCUAACGAAGAAAUACUCAAGAGGCUUGCAGAGAUAUUAUCAAAGGAGAGACGGCUACGUCAAAUAAGAUCACCUCAAGGUCAAGGGCGUGCUCACUACGGCCAAGCCCAAGCUGAAACAUCUAGUGGUGUAAAUCAAAUAAUGGCCGAUUGAUAACGUUACUUUCCUCUCGUUCCUUCACCAUGCACCUACGUUUUUCUAUUUUUUAUGUACACACUAACACACAAAAUAAAGAAAAUAAAUGUUCUUUAUUUGUUUUAUUUAAUUACUUGUAAUUCCCAUUGUAAUAUAUACAUUCUCCGUUUUAUAAUGAUGUUUUAAUUUCUAUUU